AAUCUAUAUCACAUCUUCUAUAUAUGUAAUUCUUGAUUGACAGCUUACCAUAGAAUUUGGCGCUCAUUUGUUUGUGUACGGUUUUUGGAGUUUGCCGAAACAAACGAAUGGAUUGCAUUUGUUUAUUUCUCGUGCCGGAAGGAACGUAAAGUUGUCAUGAUUAGAUAGCCGGUGUUAAACUGUUUGCACAAAGAGUUUUAACAUAAUGUUCGACUGCAAGGCAACGAAUUAUUGCGGCCACUCGAGCUUGGAAUGCAUACAAAACAUUUCACGCGAUGGAGGACAGUCGUUUGGUCUACGGUUGGAAAUGGAUCGAGCAACUAUGAUGUUGGGUGCGGAAGUGCAUCAAUUCUACGAACCGCUCGUGUACGAUUUGUCGACCAUUGCACGGGAACGCAUUCAGAAGCUGAAAUUCUUCCAGAGACAAACGUGCAGCAGCAUACGGGUGCAACGGCAGGAAAUUACACGAUUUUUGCGUCUAGUUUUAGGUAGCGCAAGAACGAUGAGAGGAAACAUUGGUUACGAAAGUUUGGCGACGAUUUUGUAUGUUCUACCGGAUCUGGUGGAUCCGCUGAAGAAAUACGGUUGGAACAGUGCCUGGGACAAAGACUUUAGCGGAUACGAAGUUUAUCACGGUGUGCUGGAAUGGCGUUGGCUACUGAUGCUGCUGUUUAAAGAGAUGAAGGAAUUUGGCGAAACAACAAAAAACGAGCAGAUUGAUGGAGCUAUCGAAAGGAAACCGUUGAAAUCAUUUGAUACAAUCUACCGCGACCUGAUGGUGGAUAUGCUUGACUUAGCCUAUCAUCAGUUUCGUUUACACGCAAUUGAGCAUGUUACCACGAAAACUCCCUAUCCCUGUAACUGCGUAAAGCAUAUGUGGCUCGGUCUAAUGGUGUUAGCAGAUACAGAAAAACUAGAUUUCUGGAAUUGUUUAAACGAAUGUAUGCCGUCCGCAUUAAAGGAAAAGAACGAUGCUUAUCUAUUUAAAAUAUGGCAAAUUAAUGCGCUAGCAAAACUGGACGAACAAAAGCCGAAACGGAGCGAUGAAGCACCGCUAGUAACACUGCCAAACAGUUACACCAUCAUCGACGAAAUCGUAAAAGACUUUUUAAAGUCCGACAUUAAGGAACCGCAGGCGAGAGUUUUCAUGGUGCUGCUGCAACCGAUAGUUACGGUGUUAUGGCCGGCACGCAUCGAAACGGUGAUUGCUCUUUGGGACUAUUUUAGCGUUCGGCUAAAUUCAUCCUUCCUUACCAACUCGGAUUCCUUAGAAGCGAUGGGAUGUGUUUCUUCAUCCGUGCAUGGAUUCAUCGAACAAGCUGCUUCGCUUGCAGCACUGGAUUCGAUGGAUGAUAGUAUGAACCUUCAACGGAAUAGUUUCCAAAUGUUUCUUAAGCUGUUGAGCUGGAUAAUACGCCACUACACCACACAAGCGCUCAAGAAAAAGGUGCAAAUUAUUUUCAAUCGAAUAUUCCUCAAAAUUGGACCGAAAAAGUAUGAAAAUAUGACAGAGCAAGCAAUAUACAACCUUGGAUUGAUGUUGCUUACGAUGAUAAGUGCAACAAGCUUCGAUAAUGACUAUCCGAGAGUAUCGAAACUAAUUCAGCUGGUGCCGUUAACAAACGAAGCCAUGAAGCUGCCGAUUGAUCUUACGAUCAAGCGUAUUACAGUUGCCACUCAAGCUCAUAUGGCACUUUUGGUGUUGUUUAGCAGCUCAAGUUUUGAUAAAACAACACACAUUGUUACAUUCCUGGAAAGUAUUGAUGCUGCGUACCAUAAGUAUGGCAAUCGUUUGCUCCCGGUAAUGGAAACUAUAGCCGAGGGAAUGUGUUUGAUCUACAGCAAAGCAAUCGCGCAAGAAUCGUUCGAUCGUGGGGAAAUAAGCUUACUGCGAUCAUGGAUGCUAAAGUAUCUACGAAACAGUUCUUCUGACAGAUGGCAAAAGCUUCUGGAUGUUUUAUUGGAUUCACUGAGUUGCAAACGUUCGUCACUGAGUGAGGAGUAUUUCGGCGCGAUAAACCAACACGUUAUGCCGUUCGUAAGGGAAACGUUUUUAAAUAAGACCGCCGCACCACCGUGCAUUGCACGAAUAGCUGCCCGUAUGACAAUACAUAAUGAAUCGAGAGAUGUGAAGAAUGAGCAGAUUUCAUCGUUUUUCAACACAUUCGUCAACUGCCCAGCGGCUUGUCCGGAUCAGGUUUUAGUGUACUUGAAGGAGAUAAUGCAGUGUGCCAAAACGAUAUCAUCCCUAGAGCAGAAAGUAAUUAUACGACAGUGGUUGAAAAUGGGCAUUUUGUACGAUCGUGAUAGUUUGCUGGAUGUCACGCGCGUAGUGCACGGUUUGGAGGAGUUUAAAGCAUUGUGUGAAAUACCGGAGUAUGAUAUGUUGCAAAGUAAUACCAUCCCAAUUAAGCUGUUUUUCCACUUUGUCGGGAAACGUUAUUAUGAGUCGGAUACGGACGCACAGAUGGAGAUGAAAAUGAAGCUCCAUAGUAUAUUUGAAGGUUUCGACAAAUGGUUUCCGGAUGCUAAAGGUAUUGUUAGACAGCGUAUACUUGCGGUACUUGUACUGGCGUUUAAAGAAUGUCCCCAAGCAUUUUACAUUAAGAGCAAUUUAAGCUGUUUCUACACGGUAGCAUUCCAACAGUUUUUCCUACCAUUCUCCGUACUCGUCGAUCGCAAUGUGCAGCAGGAUUUUAUAGAAGAUAUAGCAAAGGUGUGGCAUAAAGUAAUGGAAAUACUUGGAAAUAUGGAUUACAGCAGCGAUCCAACCGUUGGCGAUAAUGUGUAUAACAUGCUGAACAAAUGGGUACCACAGUUUGCGAAAUUUCCUAACCCGAAUGAUGCACUAAGACCGUUGAUGCUUUUUUUCUGUGCCCGUAACGAAGAUUUAGUACUUUUCGCAAUGCCCCGAUUUGUAAUGACGUAUGUCGAACUGCAGCGAUGCCUUCCUAAACCAAACGCUCUGCAAGUAAUGCAAAUCUUAAGAAACCUUAUCAAAUCGCUUGUAAAACAAAAGGAUUAUAGCAAAAUAACACUUUUCAUUCGCACAAUGGGACUAUCAGUAACGCAGCACGCUUUUAUGUGCAAUGAAACGUUUCCUACGCGUGCGAUUGCUCUGGAAAUGCUGUUCGAGCUGAUGGCCAGUACGGAGGAACCGUCCAACUUGAUAAAGGUAGAGAUGCGUAACGUUUUGAUUUCGUUCACACUUAAAUACUUUCCACUUUCGGCGGAAUGUUACUUUAAAUUUAUGUGCCGUCUUGUUGAUCGUUAUCCGAACUUUAUUCGGGCUUUAAUUGACUUUAUUCGCUGUGACGGAUCGGAGGCCGAAAUUACCUGUGCACAAGCGAUGGAUGGUGUACUCAGUAAAGCUUCAUACUUGUUAGAGAGUGAGCUAGAUACUAGGCGGAAAUCGAAUAAUAUUGUUAAGUGAUGUAUGUAACGAAAGGAAACGUGGAAAAAAAGAAAA